AUGCCACAAAUGUUGGUGAUGAAGGAGAACAAAGAAGGUCUUGAGCUCUUGAAGACUGCAAUAGCAAAAACCGGAUAUACUGGAAAAAUUAAUUCCAAAUUCCGGGUUGUUAUUGGAAUGGAUGUUGUUGCGUCUGAGUUCUAUGAAGACAAGGGCAAAACCUAUGAUUUGAAAUUUAAGGAAGAUAACAACGAUGGAUCAGAGAAGAUAUCAGGGGACAGUUUGAAGAAUGUGUACAAAUCAUUUGUUCAAAUUGUUGGUGAUGAUCUUCUUGUGACAAACCCCAAGCGUGUAGAGAAAGCAAUCAGAGAGAAGAGUUGCAAUGCCCUUCUUCUUAAGGUGAACCAAAUUGGGUCGGUUACAGAAAGCAUCGAGGCAGCGAGAAUGUCGAAGCGUGCUGGAUGGGAUUUUGAGGUUCAGAUUAAAAUUGGAGCUCCUUGUCCUUCUGAGGAUAGUAGAAGAGUUGGGAGCAACAACUGUUUAUGCAGGAGCAAACUUGCGUGCACCAGGUAUUUUAGGAAAUGCACCCCUAAACGAGAAAGCAAUCGUCUUCUCACAAUGGACAAGAAUGCUAACCUUGCAAGCUUUGUGAAGAGAAACCAAACUUGGUUUUCAGAAACCAGACAUGGACAUGAGCGAAAGGGCAUUUUGGAAAACCAUGUAUUUGCAAUGAAGUGUAUACAUACUGUAGCAGUAGCUCCGCAUGAAGAACAACAGUUUUUGGAGGUCAUUUGGAAUGCAUUACAUGCUGGAAAGCUACUUGCUCAAGUGUUGACCAAGGGAUUGCAAUACAACAUUGUUCAAGGAAAUGACGACAAAAAAACAACAAAAAAAGCAACCCGUGGUUUACCACGGGCUCACCUACUAGUUGAUAUUAUUUCAAACUUCAAUGCACCUGGUGUCCCUAUUGUUGAUUUGGAGUUUCUUGACCUUUGCAUUGGUGAACAAGAGGAAGAUGGCACAGGCAAGGAGUAUCCUUUGGAAGCUGCCCUUGAGGACACUAAAAAUACUUUGAUUCAAGGCAUUACAAAACUCUUAUUGGAUUUCCGUGUUCUUGAUCAAGAGUUGGGAUUGAUAUUGAAGCUAAGAGACAUGAUGAUUGGUUGGAUACAUGAAGGGUUUUAG